GGAGAAGAGAAGAGAAGCAAGAGGCUGACUGCCAAAAAACACAACUCAUUGCAGUAAGAGAGAGAGACAGGUGUGACUGAAGUGCUGCCUAAUGUUAGUGUGAAACAUUAGGGUGAUAUUUUAGGAAGAUGCUGCCAUAAAAUAGGGAUAUUUGCUGGUUUGUUACUACACGCGCACAAAAACAAAACAUCAUGGGACAGCUGUUCUCAUCAGAAGAAGAACUUUCUCAAAUGAAGGAUGCCAUUGGUUCGCUCCUGUACGAUGCUAUGCUGCAAGGUGGUGCAGUACCUGACCUGGGAGUCGUCCACCCUCUCCUCCUAGCCAAUCACGAUGACAGCUCUGUCUCCCAGGAUCGCCUCCAGGAACAACUGCAGCAGUUGCAGAACGACAUUGGGAACAGAGCGCCCACCUACCUGAGGGACCUGAUUAGUCGAUUGUCAACUUUCUCAGAUGAGCCACGCUUGGCGGGCCUGGUGGGAUUAGUGGUUACUAUGGUUAUGGAUAUGGCAUACACGUCAGCAAAACAGUCGAGUGUUAAAGGGAAGUCAGCGGGAUCGUCUUCAUACCAGCAGAGAGUCUGGGAGCUGCAGGAGGUGAUGGAGGAGUACCUGAAGCGCUGUAGGAUCAGCUUGAAUGAUAAAAGCAGGCUGAUCCAGGACACUGUCAGACUUGAGGCCCAGCUCAGUCUGAUCCUCACCCAGCUGAAGACGUGUCUGCUGGGGGGAGAUUGUGACUCGAGGUCUCUGAGACACUGGGCCAGCGGCGCAUCCUUUCACACACAGAUGUUGGUUCACCUGGCUCGCCUUGAGGGCAAGGCUGAGCCCCUGUCUGCAAGGGCAGCACUGCAGCAAUACAAAGAAGAUGUCACACAGAUCAUACCUGCUUACAGGCGUUAUAAGUCAAAUACAGUAUGUGUCGUAAAAUGUCGAGGGAGUCUUCUGGCUGCAUCUGACCCCUGUGCUGAGGUGGCAGAGGAAGGCGCCAUGACGGGACUCACUGUGACCGACAGAGAGACUGGAAAGAGUGUGACCAUCCCUCUGUCUACCAUAGAGACUGAGACAGGCAGAAGGAGAGUCUCUGGGCUUGAUACACCCUCUACAGCAGUGUCCUCCUCAAUUAACCUGGAUCUGAUCACCUCAGAUCAGUAUACUCAGGCAUACUUGGAUCAUCUUUUCUCUGCUAAAGGACCUGUGGCAGAGCUGGAGAACUACUUUAACAAGGCUAGUGAGAGACUGAAAGUGCUAACAACUGAACUAGGAUGUACAAGCAAGGCAGGGUUGGCUAAUGAAAUCCAAAAAAGUGAAGGAGUGCAUCUUAAAGACCAGACUAAAGGAACGGAUGAAGUACAAAUAGCAGACAGGGGGACGAUGGAAAGCAGAAGAAGACAAGGGGAGGAAAGUUUGAAACUCAGUAUUGUAGAAUCACAGCCAGAUCAAAGCCUUAAUCACAGUCAGCAUGGUGCUACAAGUCCAUGAAAGCACAACUCCUAUAUGACUUGUGGAAGUAAGCAUACUUCUGUACUCACGCUUGUUGUUGUGACUGCUUUAGUGCAUUCAUGCUAACAAGUGAAACCACAUUAAGUUCACUACAAAAAAACAAAAAGCUGACCGCUGAACACCUCUCACCCUCACUGGUCAUCAUCUCGUUUCUGUAGUUGAAGCAGAGAGACCAUCAGCCAGUAGGAGGACAGCACUGAAGCUGUGAUGCCAAAGCUAGCUAGCAUUUUUUAUUUAUUUAUUUAUUAUAAUCAGGCAUUGAUGUCAUAUGUGCUGUGGCUGUAGUUUGUGUUGAGUUUAUUUAUUUAUGGUUGCCAUCUUCAGUGUAAAGGUAUUAAUUCGUAUGUACGGUCAGGGGUUGGAUCAAGUGUAAAUGCUCACAAGAUGCGGCAGCUGCAGUCAAAUGCUGCAGUCGCCAUUUCUGAUAAGUACACAAUAGUACUGGAUUUAGAAAGCACUGCACCUGGAAACCAACACAAGUACCUGAACUGAGACAGAGAAGAUGUCAGUCCACUAAUGAAGAUAAUCAAAAUUCUACUCUCACGGCAACAUAAAAUAGCCAAUUAUAUAUUUUUGAUAUGUUCUUUUUAAUUUAUUUAGAUAGCUUAAAGCAUAUUGCUUAAGCAAGAUAAAAGUUGUGUAGAUUUGUAAGCAGUGCUGUGCACCAAACGCACUCUUGGCUUAACAGUGAACUUUGAGUAAUUUUGUUUGUUCCCCCGACGCCUCGAUGCCCUCUUUUCUGGAUCCCCUUUU